AUGGCUGCCCUGCAGAAGUAUGUGAGCUCUCCCCUCGGGGCCGCUCUGGCCGCUGGCUGCCUCCUUGUCAUGGUGCUGUGCGCCCAGGGAGGAGCGGCUGCACCCAUCACGUCGCACUGUAGGCUCAACAAGUCCGACUUCCAGGAGCCCUACAUCUUCAACCACACCUUCACUCUGGCUCAGGAGGCUAGUUUGGCAGAUAACAUCACAGAUGUUCGUCUCAUUGGGAACAAAUUGUUCCAGGGAAUCAAUCAGGUGACGAAGCGCUGCUAUGUGCUGAAGCAGGUGCUGACCUUUAUUCUUGAAGAGGUGCUGUUCCCCCGAUCUGAUGAAUUCCACCCCCAUAUGAAGAAGGUGGUGCCCUUCUUCUCCAAGCUCAGCAAGAAGCUGAGCCAGUGUCAUAUUGAGAAUGACAACCAGCACAUCCAGAGAAACGUACAGAAUCUGAAGAACACAGUGAAAAAGCUUGGAGAGAGUGGAGAGAUCAAAGUCAUUGGAGAACUGAACUUGCUGUUUAUAACCCUGAAACGUGAAUGUGCUCAAGUAGAGCAAGGCUGGAAUAUGGAUUACUAA